AUGUCAAAUACUUUGCGGCCUUAUCUCUCUGCUGUUAGAGCUACUCUUACUGCUGCCAUGUGUUUAGAGAACUUUUCGUCCCAAGUGGUUGAGCGUCAUAACAAGCCUGAGGUCGAGGCUGGCGUCACAAAAGAAGCCCUUUUGACUCCUGUAGUUAUCAGUAGAAACGAAAACGAAAAGGUACUGAUUGAAGGCUCAAUCAACUCUCUUCGAGUCAGUAUCAAGAUCAAACAGGCUGACGAAAUUGAACGGAUCCUUUGUCACAAACUCACUCGCUUCCUCAUGAUGAGAGCAGAAAGUUUUGUCGUGUUGAGAAGGAAGCCCAUUGCUGGCUAUGAUAUCAGUUUCUUGAUUACAAACGUACAUACAGAGCAAAUGCUCAAGCAUAAACUCGUGGACUUUAUCGUGCAGUUCAUGGAGGAUGUUGAUAAAGAAAUCAGCGAAAUGCGUUUGAGCUUGAACGCUCGUGCUCGUAUCGUUGCCGAAACGUACUUGCUACAGUUUUCGUAA